CUUUUUCCCUAAAACUCAUUUGUAUAUUUUUAUUAGAAAUCUUAUAUUAAAAGCAAAGGCUAAAAGUUGUAAAGAAAAAGCCUUAAUUUACUAUGAGAAAGCCUUCCUUCCUUGCUCCUUUUGUUUUCUUCCAAGUCCCAUGAUUCUUUUAUAUGCUUUUAUUUAUUUUUUAAUAAAAAUUGUUGAAAGUAUAAUAUUUGACUUUUUAGAGAAUAUAUAAAAAGAGGGAAGAAAGCUUAGUAGCUAAAAAAAAUUCAUGGAGAGACUAAGAGGCUUCCUCUCCUUCAAAACAACACCAUCAAUUGUUUUUCCAACUACAAGCAUCUUCACUCGGCUUUCGCCUCGAUUUUUGCGCAAGGCCAAAGGAUGUGCAAGUUCUGGAGCAAAACAAGCAGGUGGUAAAAGGAAAGGGUUAGUGAGCCUUUAUAAAGACAAAGAGCUUUGUGCAGGAUAUGCUGAUAUAGAUACAAUGUGGAGGAUGAUCCAUUCUACAUGUACCAAGGAUAUUGUUGGUAGUAAUACAAACUGUAAAAGACCUAAAUAUUUACUGUUCUGUUUUAAAGCUAGUUAGCUAUGCUAUUUCAAUAAGUGAUUGUAGUAUUUGAUCACUUUAAAUUAUGACUUGCUAUUGUCUAUAUUCUAGUAAAAUUUAUGGUGAAGAGAAUGACUUAAAACACUUGUCUAUACUUUUCUUAUGAUCUUAACACUGUGUUUGGAUAGAGAGAAAUUGAGGAAAAAAAAGGGUUGAAAGAAUGAAAAAUUUCUUGUUUGGAUAAUAGAAAGGGAGGAAAGAGGUUUGAAGGAAAAAUAUGGACAAAUUUUAUUAAAAAUACAAUAUAUCCUAAAGUGGAAAGAUUUUGAGGGAAAAUAGUCAUUUUACUCUCUUUUCCCUUUCCUUCCCUUCUAAACAAAUAAGGUGUACUUUCUCUCCUUAUCCCUCCUAUUACUUUCUCUGCCUUUCCUUUUCCUUUCCCUCCUUUCUUUUAUCUCUCAAUUCGCUAUUCAAACAUAGUGAAGUAAUCGAAAGAAUUAAUAGAAUAUAUAUUAUGGGGUUACAACCAUAAAGAUUCGAUCAGCUAAAACUUUUAGUUGAGUUGAAUUCAUAACAUGGUGGAAUUAUUAGAGCUAAGUUGAGCCACUUUGUAUUUACUUGGAGCUUAAGAUAAAACCAAUCUUAUGGUUUUCA